UAUUAAGGUACCAAUUGCUUGUGGAUCCACAAAUUGCCUGAUCAGGAUAAAUGGCCAGCAUGUGAUCUCGACCUAUCAUGGGAUCCGGGAUUUCAUCAUUUCUUUACUCUUUCUGGUAUCUUAAGUCGUCGCGUCGGCCUCUCCACUCUGCAGAAUAUUCUAAUGUCACCCAAUCACAUAUCCUGCUAGAUUAGCAGAAAAUGCCUCGUCAAGGGCCCGCAUGCUUGACAUGCAGAGAAAAAUGCCGAAGAUGUGAUCGUGCGCGUCCCAACUGUCAUCGUUGUAUAUCCAAGGGUCUAGUGUGUGGAGGUUAUCCGGAACAAUUUAGGUUUUGUGGUAUUGCUAGUCGAGGGAAAUGGAAAGGCGCCCGGAUACCAGUGAGCGCUCAACGGCCCAGAAAUAUUUCAGAAAGAGUCGAAUCGGAGCGAGACAACAGCCGGCAACAGGCUACAGAAAGUACAGAUGAUACUCAGAGAUCUUCAGGGGAAACUGAUUCACUGUCACAUCCGGAGAAGCCCACUGCGGAUACCGAGGAGAUACCACCCGACAUCGCAAAGAUACUCAGGCUGCCCGAGACCGAAACCCUUCUUGCUCAUUAUGACGAAUAUAUAUGUCCCCACCAGAUCUCCGAGAUUGGGUAUAAUAGCACCAAUCCAUAUCGAUUGUAUAUCAUCCCCUUAGCCCGACAGCAAAUUGGCUUACUAUACGCCGUCCUUGGCUUAUCCGCUUCACACCUUGGGCGCUUAACAGGGGAUCAAACCAUGUAUGAAGCCACUGCAGUAGAGUAUCGUAUGAAAGCUAUACGGGCGCUUAGCGAAGAGAUCCGUAGGAGUCAAGCAUCCACCUUGCUGGAGGAUGAGCAGGAUGCUGUUCUUGCUAUCAUUCAGGUUUUAUUACUUCAUGACAUAUCCGAAUCUGGAGUUUCGAGUCAUGGUAUUCACAUAACAGGAGCCAUGUCCGUCUGUAAGCGGUUGUUGAUCUCCGAGGGACUAAGUGGCUACCGUCAGCGGGCUGUAUUUUUCCUGGGUAACCUUGCCUGGCUUGACAUUGUCCGCGCUUUUGCCGGUCCAGAACGCCUCUGUUUCUCUCAGGAUAUCCGAGAACUAGUCGCCUGCGCAAGUGAGAACACAUUCGAAAUGGUUAACGGAUGCCAUCGGGAGGUGUUCUUGAUCAUUGGUAGUGUCCUGGAAAAAGCUAAAGAGUACACAUUGGGGUGGCUGACAUGGGAUGAAUAUCAAAUCGCUAUGCUCGUGGCAAAGCACAAGCUAUAUUCAUGGGACAGGACAGGGAAGAUAUACCCUAGCGCUGACCAUCGUUGGCUGGCUGUGGCGGAGGCUUUUCAAUUCGCAUGUAUAUUGCGCAUUCUUCGACUGCUUGACCAUUUGCGACCGGCCAAAGAUCCAGAAAUACAAGACUGUGUGGCACGGAUUUUAGAUGCAACUGCCACCAUAUCCUCAGAAUUUUCACUGCUAGAAUUGCUGAUUUUGCCGCUGUUCAUCGCAGGAGCAGAUUCUCUGUCACCGCAUUCCCAGUAUUAUGUUCUAGCCCGGUUCAAGGAGAUUGAAAGGAGGUCUGAGUUUCGCAACCCCGUUCCGCGCGAGCUUUUAGAGAAGGUAUGGGCUGCUCGCGCCGCUCAAUCACCUGACGAAGAUGAGAAUAUCUCGUGGACAAACUUUACACAUUGUCCUGGGAUUGCACGGCAACACGACUAUCUUAUCAUAUGAGGGUGCAGAAUAUUUUCAUUAGUUAUUUAAUAUCAGCAGAUGCAGGGCUGAG